GGCGCGGGUCGCGUCGGCGCUGCUCCGCAAGGCCAGGCCGGGCUGGCUGCCGCUGGCGCCUGGCGGUGAGGGCGGACUCCCGGGGCAAGCGGAAUGGUCCCCGCCCAGGGCACUGGGAGCAGCGGCUGAGCGCAGGAUGCUGCGGAGGCGGCGCGGCGGCUCCUCACUCGUCUCAGAUGUUCAUCUGCUUUCUGCAACAGAAUCUCCAUGGCCUGAACAUUUUCUGAAAAUUAUUUUGAGCAGACUAUCUGUUUAAUAACAAGAUAACCACAUCAAGAUGGUUGGAAAACUGAAGCAGAACUUACUAUUGGCAUGUCUGGUGAUUAGUUCUGUGACUGUGUUUUACUUGGGCCAACACGCCAUGGAAUGCCAUCACCGAAUAGAAGAACGUAGCCAGCCCCUCAAAUUGGAGAGCAUAAAGACCACUGUGCGAACUGGCCUGGAUGUCAAAGCCAAUAAAACCUUUGCCUAUCACAAAGAUAUGCCUUUGAUAUUUAUUGGAGGUGUGCCUCGGAGUGGAACCACACUCAUGAGGGCCAUGCUAGAUGCACACCCCGAUAUUCGCUGUGGAGAGGAAACCAGGGUGAUUCCCCGAAUCCUGGCCCUGAAGCAGAUGUGGUCGCGGUCAAGUAAAGAGAAAAUACGCUUGGAUGAGGCUGGUGUCACCGAUGAAGUGCUGGAUUCUGCCAUGCAAGCCUUCCUACUAGAGAUUAUUGUUAAGCACGGAGAACCAGCUCCUUAUUUAUGUAAUAAAGAUCCCUUUGCCCUGAAAUCCUUAACUUACCUUGCUAGGUUAUUCCCCAAUGCCAAAUUUCUACUGAUGGUCCGAGAUGGCCGGGCAUCAGUACAUUCAAUGAUUUCUCGGAAAGUUACCAUAGCUGGGUUUGACCUGAACAGUUACAGAGACUGUUUGACCAAAUGGAAUCGCGCCAUAGAGACCAUGUAUAACCAGUGUAUGGAAGUUGGCUAUAAAAAAUGCAUGUUGGUUCACUAUGAACAACUUGUCUUGCAUCCUGAACGGUGGAUGAGAACACUCUUAAAGUUCCUUCAGAUUCCAUGGAACCACUCAGUAUUACAUCAUGAGGAGAUGAUUGGGAAGGCUGGAGGAGUGUCUCUGUCAAAAGUGGAAAGAUCUACAGACCAAGUCAUCAAGCCAGUCAAUGUGGGAGCACUGUCAAAAUGGGUUGGGAAGAUACCCCCGGAUGUUUUACAAGAUAUGGCAGUGAUUGCACCCAUGCUCGCCAAACUUGGAUAUGACCCGUAUGCCAAUCCACCGAACUAUGGAAAACCUGAUCCCAAAAUCCUUGAAAACACUAGAAGGGUCUAUAAAGGAGAAUUUCAGCUCCCUGAAUUUCUUAAAGAAAAACCUCAGACUGAGGAAGUGGAGUAGCAGAGCCAGGAACCUCUUCCAUACAUGAGGGAAGACUGCCGCCUUACAACAGGAGGGAGAUUUCUAGAACUGGUUGUCCCCGGUUGAGAUGAGCAGAGCGCGGCCUGCAUCUCCCGCUCACUUGCCCGCCUCCUUCCACUGAGAGCGUGCGCUGCCCGUGCACAUCUGGGCCUUCCCGAGUGAUCUGCUUCCCGGUGCGGUGCUCUUGAUCCCCAUGGCGUGCACAGCCACUGCCUAGGAAGCCCAGAGGGAGCAUGUGCUUUCUGCUAAAACUGCUCUGGUCCUCAUCUUUUCUGACCAGAUUCCAAACUUGUUUUAAGGGGAGGGUUUUAAAUGGAAUUCUCUAAGCAAAACUGGGCAGUUUCUUCUUGGGAUAGGUUAUCUGUACAUGUUCUAAUGUUUUGUAGAACACUUCCUGUUUAAAUGUAUUGAUGUGGAUAAUAUUAAAUAUCUUAAUUAUUUAAAUAAUUCAUUGUAUUGUUUUUGAGAAGUUGAGGAAUUACCGUAUACAUUUACAACUUAAUGACUUUUGUAUUUUAUUUUUCAAAAUAAAAGCUUUAAAUGUGCGAAACA